AUGGAGGAAAAAGUGGAAUCCGAUGUUGACCUUGAACUCGGCACGACAACGCGAUCGUUACCCUAUCUUGUCCAUCAGCUAAUUUGGCGAAAAUGCGGAGAAAUUGAGGGCAUCUCGUCACUUUUUCUACUCGCUUACCUAUCAUACGUUUUGGUCACACGCAUUUUGAAUGAAUACCUCGGCGCCGCAACCGCACGAAUCGCCGGAGGACAGCUCGAAGAAUCCAUGGAGAAAAUCUCGGCCCGGGAUGUCGACUCGGCGAUGCUGCUGAAGCCGCUGCUGAAGAAGCUGAAGACGAUGCUCCGCAAUUUUGAAUGGGCAAAUAGCCCCCACAACAUGCGCACCGCCGAAUCGUUCGAGGACCCGCCGCCGACGUUUGGGCCCACGCAAUCGGUAAAGCUGGAAGACCCGAACGCCUGGGAGAAGUUCACCAAGACCGAGCAGCAGCUGAUGAAGCAGAAGCUCAGCGAGAAAAAGAACGAUUACCUCAUCAUCAAGAGGAGCCCCGGCAACGACAACAAGGCGGCCAAGUCACCCAAGUCUUCCAAGUCGAACAAGUCCAAUCGGUCCAACAAGUCGAACAAGUCCAACAAGUCGUCGAAGAAGAAGAAGGCCAAA